AUGUCCGGAAAAACAGUUCGUCAAUUCGAAGCUGCGCUUACCAUGGAUGUGCCCACAAGCCAGCAGCCUGUCGAUCCUUUACAUCAGCAGGGUAUGAGCCCAACGCUGGAAGGAGAAGAACAAGGGCCCGAGUACGGGCGAUCUCCGGUGCCACUGCGCCACGGAGAGGAUGUGUUGGAUCGUCAGGCACCGGCACCUAUCCCCAACGGCAUUUCUGUUGGAAGAACUACCUUUUGUGAUGAUCAGAGGACUUUGCUGGAUGGUAGGGCCGGGCAAGCAGGCAGCACGUUACAAGCGUCAGCGGAGCCGCGUCAGCUUCCUGUCGAAGGAACAGGGCUCUUGGGAGGCAUGGAUGCCUCUACCACCGCACCGGUUUCGUCAGUGCCUGUGGGAUUAGCGAAUGAGCGCGAACCGACGUCUACGGUACAGCUGCCCAUAUUGCCUCGUUUCAGCCCUUCGCCUUUGCCGGGCCAGUCGCCGUCGGCUAUGAGGAGCGAAGGCCGAAAUACAUCAUGGUUUUCUCGCCUGGCUGACUAUAUACAGCGACGGGUGGAGGUUACAGCAUGGUCCAGUCCGCCAUCCAUAGGCACAGGAACAACAGGUGUGUGGCAAAAUCAGCAAACCAUGAUGGUCAGCUCUCCUGGAGCUGGUGAGAGAAGGGCGGAGAGUAACUCCAGUGGAUCGGUUGGAAUAUCACCGGAAGUCUUGCAGGCCGAAGUGUCUCGGCAACUUGAUGCGGCCAUGGGAGAAAUGGUUGGCAAGCUGAAUGAUGAAAGGCGUCGUGCGGAGGACGCUGCGGCUGAGGCUCAGAGACUGCGAGUUGAGCUGCAACAUUAUGAGUCUCGUAUGGUUGCAGACCAGCAGCCCCUUGUGGUCCCUCCUGGGCUUGAGCCGCCAGUUGCCUCGGCGAUAGCUUCAGCAGGAAUGUUCGAUGGAGUGAAGGCCUCGGUCAAGAUGAUAAAGGUGCAGUAUGCCUUGAAGCUUCACUACCUCCGGGUGAUGGACUUAGACGCCUACCAUGUCUACCACGCUAAGUCCAGCAGUUCCCAGAAUGAUCAUCUCCUGACGACGCUGGCGCAGGGGAUCGAGGCUUUGCUACGCCAACAGCAAGGCUCGCGUUCAGACAGGCCAGAGACAGUGAAGCCGGGGAUAACAGAGCUACCACCGCUACCUGACUACCAGCCGUCUACGGGGUCAAUUGAUCUUUUACAUUGGCUCACGCAUAUAGCUCCGAUAAUGGAAGAUUUGUCGGACACAAGUUUGGCUUGGUGGCAAGAGACAGUCAAGGAUGCUACAGUAUGGUACAACCAGUACGCCUCAGCUUCGCCGCUGGCCCGGCUGCAACUUCAACCACGGCCGAGUGCAGAUCUUCGCCCAGAGUGGGCACGCGUCGAGAGACGCGCCACUGCCAUGAUGCUCACAGCUGUCCCGAAGCCGAUAAGGGAAGAGAUCAUCGCCAAUGGCCAGGUGUCGUCGCUGGUGGUGUUGUGCAAGCUCUAUGCAGUGUACCAACCUGGGAACUUGCAGGAGAAAACACUGGUGUUACGUAUGUUGGAGCAGCCAGAAGAGUGCCUCACGGCACUCCAAGCAGUCGAGGGACUGCGUAAGUGGAGCUUGUGGAGAAAGAGGGCGGCCACGCUUGGGAUGGCAGAACCAGACGCUUCAGUGCUUGUGAGAGGAUUGGACCGGAUUACCGGUCAGAUCAUUAAAGGAAGUGGAGAGUUGGCUUUCAGGGUGAGCUUGAUUCGGAGUACCUUGCAGGUGGAUGUGAGCCCUUCCUCGGCUACGGUGACAACUUUUCUACAGCAUCUGCAAGCAGAGAUGGAGCAACAGGCCAGACUCGGCAACAACAAGUUGGAUGGUGGCGCGGCUCUACGGGCGAUUACUGGCCAGGCGGAUGCUACCGCUAAUGCGUCCCAGACUGCGGCGAAUACCUCGACUACUGGUUCGCCGACUGCUCCUCGUGGAAGUGGCCUCUGCAAGUACUUUGCUUCCGACAAGGGUUGUAGAAGGGGCAAUGCUUGCCGGUACCCGCAUACCUGGGCGCUUCUUGACAAAGGCGCCCGACAGCGAAAGUGCCUGUGCUGUGGUUCCUCACAGCACAAGGUGAAGGACUGCAAGGCCCCAGGAGGUGGACAAUCUCCGACCCGUGCAAGUGGACGUCAGGGGGCUGUUGGGGCCAGCGACACGGGAGCUACAUCUACUACCACUUCGCCUACGGAAGCUACGGUUAAGAGGGUGAACUUUGAGUCGGUCCCGGAUUUGCAGAUGAAGGUUAUGAGGGUGUUGCAAGAGGUUCAGCAGUUGGAUAUCUUGAAGCCUAUCUUGAAUGCUAUCAGUCGCUGGACCUCUACCACCUCACCUACUACGACCCCGCGAUCCCGAGAUGCUCUUCUUGGUUCAGGUGCCACCCAUAUCCUUCGGAAGCCGAAGGACCAGAACGAGUGGAACCAGGCCAAGAGCGUGAGUGUUCAGCUCGCUGGGGACUCUAGUGUUACAAUGAAGCAGACCUCGGAUGGAACGCUUCUCACCGGUGACACGCUGGCCCAGGUGAUUGUUCCCCUCGGCAAGGUGAUUUCAACUUUGGGUUACCGGCUUCACUGGGAUAAAGAUGUGUGUGAACUACAAAGCGAUGAAGGAGAAGUUCUUCCUCUCACAGUGGUGAAGGGCUGCCCCGAGCUACCUGAAAGCACUGCUGCUGCCCUUAUCAGUCAGCUUGAGGCAAAACAGCUUCCGGAGCUGCGCAAAUCUACGGCUACCACGGUGAAGACCAUUGGGGAUGCAAGGCAAAGCUGGUGGUCCCACUUGAUUGACUACGUUCGUGGUGGAUGCACCGACAGCGGCAGAAGGGCAGUGGACAAAAUGGAGUACUUUGACUACAAGCAGAUGCUAAAGGAGACGCUGGUGAUCCGCCAGCCUCGCCCUGGGAUUUGGGAGCUCAUGAAGGCUCUCACUUUGAACAGGCGAGCCCGAAAGCGCCUGUUGAGGGCGAGUUCAAUCAUGGUCCGUUGGGACCCACCAUCGGUGGAUCGGCAUCGUGAUCCACUUCGUCACCUGAUGUACGUUGGGGACUCGGUGUACCUCAAUGUAAACACUUUGUUGGUGGAGAAUGAGUUUGAUGAUGUUUGGAGGUUGCUUUGGUGGAUGGCUGUGCAAGGCCGAAUAAGCAAUAUAAUUGCCCGAGACGUCGCGAACGGGCCCUUGGACCAACUUUCAGGAGCACCUCAUCGAAGCAAGGUUCAUUGGUUGCAUGCGUUGUCCUCUGCAGGUCGUGCUGUUCGAGGAGGAGAUGGUGUGCAGCUUCAUGUCGAGGGCUCCGGCGUUUUGGUGGCACCGAAUGAGCCCACGGCCUCUUGUAUGCCGGUGCCUUGGUGUGUGAACCAGGAUGCAGCUGGUUACUUUUCGGAGAUGGGUUUGACGGAGGUGAUGAUUGAGAGUUUUUCGGGUGGGCGAGUAGCUCGCCUGGCAAAGAUGGACUCCGAUGCCGUGGCAAGGGGGAUCCCGGUCAUUGAGGGCGGCAUUGGACGAGAUGAUGAGUUAAGAGGCCAUCCCCUUCCUGCAGGUGGUGAUCCCGAGGAUGAGGAGGAGCUUUCAGAGGAGGAUGUUGAUUCCCAGGAAUUGCCGCUGGAGGAGGAGGUUUCCGAUUACUGCGGUGAUGAACUACGUAAAGAGCGUGAGCAGUGGGAGCGGAUGAAGGCGAUCUUUAAGGAGCCCCUCAAGACCGAGACACUGCGUCCCCAUCAAUGGCAAGAAGGCAGUCUACGCCUUACCUGCCUUACAGCAGAUGAUCACUGA